AUGAUUCGUGAUAGUCUACCAGAUGCAAAUCCUAUUUGCUCAUCUGAAGUGGACGAUAUAUACAUGUGGAAGCCAGGGAACAGAGUUGCAUCAAUCUCUUUCUCCACUGCGGAUACUUGGGAGGCUUUACAUCCGCAAGGAGAGCCAGUUUUCAGGCAUAGGCAGGUUUUGUUUCAAGGGAGGAUUCCGAAACACGCCUUUAUAACCUGGGUGAUUGCUCGAAACAGAUUGGGGACACGAGAUAGAAUGAAGAGUUGGGGAUUGCAGGUGCCACCAACGUGCAUUUUAUGCAACAAGGCGGCUGAGACAAGAAAACACCCUUUCUUCGACUGUAGCUACAGCUCGGAGGUAUGGGUGUUCUUUUGCUCUAGGUUGAGUAUAAACCCUCCUGUUCUGUUCGAAGAUGGGCUAAGAUGGUUAAGGAAUCCUUCCCCUGAAGAGUUUGUGAAGUUGAUAGUAAAGCUUGUGUAUCAAGCCGCUCUAUACAGUAUUUGGAAGGAGAGAAAUGCUCGGAUUCAUAAUCAGAUUUCUCGUCCGGCUCAGGCUGUGAUUCUUGAGAUGAAGCAAACAGUACAAGCGAGACUAGACCCGCUGUCAAGAGCUCAUAAUUCUAGAAGGACUGACAUCACCUUGCUUGGUACUUGGUUCAGUUUUUUCUAG